AUGCCAUUAUUACCCACAACCAUAAGACCACCAUCCCUGUGCCCUGCUCCAAUCUUCCCUCCAAAUCACCCCCAUUUCCCGCCAAGAAACCAGUUUCCUCCGAGACCCAUCUUUCACAGGCCAAGAAUGGCAACUCUUUCUGGGUUCAUUGCUGGGUCACAACUUGUGGGUUCUUCAGGCAGUGGUGGUGGUGGUGAUAAUGAGGCCCGCACUCUGAUUGAGUAUGUUGGCGGCGGAGGUGUCGAUGUGGGCGAUGAUCUUGUGCUUUUAAUCCAUCACUUACAGUACGCCUGCAAGAAAAUCGCAGCUCUUGUGGCCUCUCCUUUCAAUUCUACCCUUGGGAAGCAUACGGGUUUUGCUGCCGGUGCCGGUGGUUCGGCCGGUGGGUCAGGCAGGGAUGCACCGAAACCGCUUGAUAUUGUUUCGAAUGAAAUCAUCUUGUCGUCACUUAGAAGUUCUGGGAAGGUAGCUGUCAUGGCAUCGGAAGAAGAUGACACUCCAACCUGGAUACGUGAUGAUGGCCCAUUUGUGGUGGUAACAGAUCCUCUAGAUGGUUCGAGAAAUAUUGACGCAUCCAUUCCCACUGGGACGAUUUUUGGGAUUUAUCGACGCCUUGAGGAACUGGAUCAUCUACCAACAGAGGAGAAGGCUUUGCUGAAUUCACUCCAGACCGGAACUAGGCUUGUAGCUUCUGGUUAUGUUCUUUAUUCAUCAGCCACGAUAUUCUGCACCAGCUUUGGUUCAGGAACACAUGCAUUUACAUUGGAUCAUUCCACGGGAGAUUUCAUUCUCACACACCCAAGCUUAAAAAUUCCUUCUCGAGGACAAAUAUAUUCUGUAAAUGAUGCUCGAUAUUUUGACUGGCCCGACGGAUUAAGACUCUACAUAGACACUGUGAGACAAGGAAAAGGCAGGUAUCCCAAAAAGUACUCUGCCCGUUAUAUCUGUUCUCUGGUAGCUGAUUUUCAUCGAACACUACUGUAUGGUGGAGUUACAAUGAAUCCAAGAGACCAUCUUCGUCUCGUGUACGAGGCCAACCCACUCAGCUUUCUGGUGGAGCAAGCUGCGGGCAAAGGCUCUGAUGGUAAAAAUAGAAUUCUUUCAAUUCAGCCAGUGAAGCUGCAUCAAAGGCUGCCUUUGUUUUUGGGAAGUUGUGAGGACAUGGAAGAGUUAGAGAGUUAUGGCAAUGUGCAACAGAAAGUGAACCCUGGAUAUGAGGUCUGA